AUGGACGGACUCGGCGGCGGCCUCGCAAACGUAGACGUCACGCGUCUCAGCGACGCCGACAAGCAGCAACUGCAGCAAUUCGCCAUCAACGAAGGCCAGAAGGCGCGCAUCCAGUCCUCAAUCCACAGCCUAACCGACACAUGCUUCCGCAAAUGCAUCCCGGCGGGCGGCGUCAAGAACGGCAAGUUGGACAAGUACGAGGAGCCGUGCAUGAGGCAGUGCGUGGACCGGUUUCUGGACGCGAAUAUCGUGGUGCUGCGCGAGUUGGAGAGGCUGAGGCAGUAG